CGUCAUUGUUGUCUUGUAGGUGUUGAGGAUGACAGUCCUGAACCUGUCCUUUGCUGCGUGUGGUUUCUUGGGGAUCUACCACCUGGGUGCUGUUGAAGCCUUUUUCCGUCACGGGGACAAGCUGCUGGGCUCCCUCAGAGCCUGUGCGGGGGCCUCGGCCGGGGCCCUGGUGGCUGCCGUAAUGAUCACAGCCCCUGACAAGUUAGAGCACUGUAAAGAGUUCACUUAUGGGUUUGCUGACAGUGUGAGACGACAGCCGUUUGGAGCCAUCACACCAGGAUAUAACUUCAUGCUCACACUACGGUAAUUAAUCAGCAUAUGAC